AUGGGGGACUGGUCCAUCCUUGGUCGGUUUCUGACUGAAGUUCAAAACCACUCAACAGUCAUUGGCAAGAUUUGGCUGACGAUGCUGCUCAUCUUCCGCAUCAUGCUCGUGGCCCUUGUUGGGGAUGCCGUCUACAGCGAUGAGCAAUCCAAGUUUACCUGCAACACCCUGCAGCCUGGUUGCAACAACGUCUGCUAUGACACGUUUGCCCCCGUUUCCCACUUGCGCUUUUGGGUUUUUCAGAUUAUCCUUGUAUCCACUCCGUCAAUUUUCUACAUAGUGUAUGUCUUGCAAAAGGUUACCAAGAAUGACAGAGUGGGGGUCAGGAAGGUUAAUUCAAUGCCCAAUGACACUCCUUUGGUUGAACCAAAAAGCCCUUUGAGAAGAGAUAAAGACAUGGUGCUGGAUGCUGGUAGUCCUUAUGAUAACAUUUCUGCAGACGAAGACUGGAGCUCGCAGGAAGAUGAGUAUGAAGAAAGGAACCAACUGGAAGGGGAAAUAAAAGAUGUAGGGGAGGACCCAACUCAACUCUCAAGUAAAGUGCUACUUAUUUACAUCCUACAUGUGCUUCUGCGCUCCAUCAUGGAGAUAGUCUUCCUCAUCGGGCAGUAUUACCUUUUCGGAUUCGAAGUCCCACACCUUUUUCGCUGUGAGACUUACCCGUGUCCGAACAGAACCGACUGCUUUGUGUCUCGAGCGACGGAAAAGACCAUCUUUCUUAACUUCAUGUUCAGUGUCAGUCUGGGUUGCUUCGUGCUGAACAUCGUGGAGCUGCAUUAUUUGGGUUGGAUCUACAUCUUCAGAGUGCUGUUCUCUGCAUGCUGCACAUGUUGUGACACUGAAAGGGAAUCCGUGCAGCAGGUGGCUUUGUACUCUUAUAGCAACCCGCUGUUGCUUGAGCUCAAGCACUCUUUGUGGGGUAGAGUCAUCCUGCAGACCCCUGCACCUGCAUCUACCGGGUCCAUAAAGGAGAUCGAUGGGACCUGGUUUGGGUCCAACCAGGUUCCAUCGAUCUCCUUUGAGGCAGACUCGACUCUGGAGUGCACUUCGACAAGAAAUUUAGAUGAAAGGGAACACAGCAAGGCUAGGAUACACCGUGUAGCCAAAAUAGGACAGGGAAUGAAAUCAUGGCUGUGA